GAAUCCAUCCUCACUGGACCGACUGUGGAGAGAGUGCAGUUUAGAGUAGGCGUGCGUCAGUGUUGACGACCGCACUCCAGCGGACCAAGCAAGCCAGCUAUCAUUGUAUUAUCUAGAAAUAAAAUGUAAACCGCGUCCUGUAAUUCUAUGUCGACCAUAAAGGCCUUUGUACAAAGAUGAAAACGUUGUCAAGAAGCGUUGACAUUACUGGUUUCUUUUUCACCGUCAAAUAUUGCCAAGUGUGAUACUGACAGCAGCAUUGCCUGGCUAGCGCAUUAGCAACAUCGUCAGGAAUUCGCUAUAGCCUAGUUAAAUUAAUUGGCCGUAGGUACUGGUAGUUGUCCAAAGGCUCCGCAACAGCCAUGGGAAUACUUUUCACCAAGCUAUGGAGGCUUUUCAAUCAUCAAGAGCACAAAGUUAUUAUUGUGGGCCUGGACAAUGCGGGGAAGACCACCAUACUUUACCAGUUUUCUAUGAAUGAGGUGGUCCACACGUCUCCUACAAUAGGCAGCAACGUGGAGGAGAUAGUGGUGAACAACACGCACUUCCUGAUGUGGGACAUAGGAGGACAGGAGUCACUGAGAUCCUCCUGGAACACGUACUACACUAACACAGAGUUUGUGAUCGUAGUGGUGGACAGCACAGACAGAGAGAGAAUCUCUGUCACCAAAGAGGAACUCUACAGAAUGCUUGCACAUGAAGACCUGAAGAAGGCAGGCCUGCUGAUUUUUGCUAACAAACAGGAUGUAAAAGGCUGUAUGUCUGUGGCUGAGAUCUCCCAGAGCCUGCAGCUUACCUCAGUCAAAGACCACCAGUGGCACAUCCAAGCCUGCUGCGCCCUCACUGGAGAGGGGUUGUGCCAGGGCCUGGAGUGGAUGAUGUCACGACUGCGGGUUAGAUGACCUUUGACGCUGAUCAACAACAACAGUGUGAUGUUCCUUUCUUCUCUCUACACCUUCAGUCCUGAGGGAUUGGGUGGUUUACAGGCGGCUCUUUUCCUCUCCAUGAGACUGACUUGACCCGGUUGGUCAGACUCCCUACCGGCCAGGAUGUUGUUUUUCUGCUGCGUGUUUAUUUAUUUCUACAGAACACUGAUCUGCUCUGACUGAGAACUGUGAACAACCAGAACUGUACCACUCUACCAUUUCAGGAUCCAUUCUGGAAAGAAAAACGAAACAAAAGACUCUCUAUUUAAUUUCUGAAUCUGCACGCUUGGUUUUCAUACUAUAAGAAAAAGGAAUGCUUGGGACAGCUCAGAUUUAACAGGAGUCGUCUUUAGUUGUGUGUGAGUGGGCUUGCCUACCCAGAGUGGCCUUGUUGCAGUAUUGUCAGAUGGCCUGAGGUGGUGGUAUUGCCCUGUGUGUACAGUCCAGUAUUUACAUUACAUCUGCAUCCCAAAUGGGAUAUAUAUAUCAGCAAAAAAGAAACGUUCUCUCACUGUCAACUGCGUUUAUUUUCAGCAAACUUAACAUGUGUAAAUAUUUGUAUGAACAUAACAAGAUUCAACAACUG